UGAUAAACUUAUUAAAUAGUUAUGUGAAUGUAUUAGAUGAGUAUGGAACAUGCCUUGUCUGUUUUGUUGGACCACAGCAAAGAAGCUGAAGUUGUUGGACUGCAGAGCAAAACACACUUGUUGUCACUGCACUCUAGCAGCAGCAGCAGUCCAAAUGAAGUAGUUUAUUCUCACCAAGCACACCAAACUUCCUUAGAGUCCUCAGCCGAACAACAGCAACAACAACAACAGCAACAGAUGAACAGCAGCAGAAGCAACAGUAGUGGCAGUUGUUUGGAACAUGUGGGAGCAUUCAGCAACCGAUUCGAUCUGAAUGGAACAAAUGGACGACGUCGACACAAUCACGCCACCAGCACAGCCAUAACCGCCAAUGGCGAGGAAAGAUGGAACUCGUUCGACAACAGAUGGGAGACAGAAGGAGAGGGAGGGAAAGGGGAAACUGAAACUAAUGAGUUGGAUCAUUCACAUGAAGUGUGUGAGGGAUACGAGAGCGAGUCUUCUCUGGACAGCAGUUACGAAGACUCUCUUCAUAUGGCAGCCCUCAUUGGCAAGAGUCUCUUAGACAGGAACAGUGAGUUGGAACGACAGCUGUCUGUGUGUGCGAGUGAGUUGAGUGAGAGGGAGAGUGAAGUGAGGGCAAUGAGAGUUGAAGUGAGUCAGUUGAGGGCAGAGCAGGAACAGCACACUCACAACAGACAACUCCUGUGUGAACAGACUGAGCAGCACACACUGCAGUUGGAGCGUGAGAAGGAGGGACUGAGGCGCCAGUUGGAGAUGGAGAGGCGGGAGAGUGAGGAGUUGCAUGUGCAGUGGGAACAGCUGCAGGCCACUUGUGUCUCUCUCCAACACCAGCUGCACAAACACAAGGAGAGAGAGAGGGCAGACAGGAUUGGUCUGCGAAGAGGCAGGAUGGGGAGUGGGGGGGACGGAGCUGAGUGGAGGGGGGCACUCGAGAUAGAGGAGGGGGUGAUGCGGAGAACACACAGUGUGGACCAACUGGCUGCUUCUGGAGGUGGCCAAGGGGGAUCGGCCCUCUUUCCAGCAGUCUCUCUCUCAUCCAACAGGUACAGGGUGGUGUGUGGGGGUAAUGUGUGUGGAGGGGUGCGAGUGAAGAGAGUGGAGUGGGAGAAGAGACAAUUGCAGACACAAGUGGACAGAUUGGAGCACGAUCUCCACUCACUAUCCACUGCUCAAGAUGAGCUGUAUGGUAGAGUGUGGGCGGCAGAGUCACGUGCAGAGGUGGGGGAGAGAGUGACACAGAUUGUGAACAACUUCAUCAUAAUGCAUGAACAACAACAACGACAGGAGCACACUCACAAUCGACUGCUGCACAGAGUGAACAACAGCAAGAAGAAGAAGAAGAACAGAGAAGAGAGUGGGAAGAGAACUGAAGAAGAGGAGGAGGAGACAUUUGGGAAGGAGAGAGAGAUGAGAGAAACAAGUGAAAGAGAGUCUCCUCUGAGUCUUCUGCAGAAGAGACUGCGGGAAUGCUGCCAAUGUUGUCACUUCUGUUGCAAUAGUCGCCCUCCAACAACCACAACAACAACAGCAGUUGGUGACACUGGAGAAGAUGUAAAAAGUGGUGACAACCACUUCAGACAACUACAACUCACAGCAGAUGCCAGCAGUAGUCGAUACACUUGCAUGAACAACAAGACAAAGAAGAGUCCCACAAUGAUUUUAACGAGUCCCCUUGUUAGAACAAACGGAAACAACCAGCAGCAGUUCUUAGCUUCAAUUGGUGGCAUUGAGUUGAGUCGACCAAACCAACAAUCGGACAGCAAGUGCAAUAGAGUUGAACAUUAUCAGUGCAAACAAAACACAAUCAACAACAGUACCACAAGUCAAAGUUGGAAUCCAUGUUCUGAAACUACUACUAGUCCUCGUGAUGCCUGUUGUAAUGGUAUCACAAGCACUAAAAGGGAAUCGCCACCAGAAGAGGGAUCAGAAAAUAGAGGAGAAGAUAAUACAUGUGUGCAGUUGCAUCAAACUGGACCAGAUUGUGUGAACAGCUUUAAUUGCGAGUCAUCAUCGUCAUCUCGUGCUUCCAACUCCUUCUGUUCCUGCCAGGGUCAGAGUGGUUGUUCAUUGGGAGUGUCGAUCAGUGAGUUGAUAGACCUCAUAGUGGAGAUGGAGGUAGAAAGUAGCAUUGGGAUGAGAGAGUGUUCCAUGACAGACGACACUGGUCACUAUUGCAAUAAUAGAAUGGAUGGCAGCAGUAGGAGAGUAGGGGGAGGGGGAGGGGGAGGGGGAACUGGCAGUGGAGCUGGAAGGGGAGUGCGAAGUGUGAGUUGCCAGACAUUCCCAGUGCCCCGUGGUCUGCUGUCCAGUAACAAGCGAAAACAACAACAACAACACAGGCUCAGCCAGAAGAGUUUUGGUGGCAGCAGUGGUGGAGAGAGGGGAGGGGGGACUACUAGUAGUGGGAGAGUGUGUGCAGUAGUGGAGAGUAUGGCGGUGGGGGAGAGCAGUGCCUCUGGGGACUGCAAACUACUGCUGGACAGCAUCUACAGGGCCAUACAACAAGCCAAGACAUGACACACAUGGAACAGAGACACAACACAGGCCAUUACAUUGGAACACCACAACACUUGAUAGAACAGGCGGCCACACAGUGCAGUAUGAGAGUAAAAGAGAGAGAGAGAGAGAAGAGACACAGAUAUGACAUACAAGGAGCACAGAGAAGGGCAGAAGAUGAGCCAUAGAAUAUAACAGAA